AUGGAGAAGUUGUUAAGAAUACUAGAGGAAAUGUUGAAGAAACGCAAGAAUAGCAAUGUCAAAAAACAUCUUCCAGAUGAAAUCAUAGCUCAGCAAAUCCUUCCACGCCUUCCCAUCAAAUCUUUAAUCCGAUGUAAGCUAGUUUCAAAGCAAUGGGGUCGUAACGUCAAUUUCAUCCUUGAUCAUAUCAUAUCUCUUGAGUCCGUCUUUAUUCAAUCUCAUCAUGAUUUUUAUCUUUACUUUAGUAUUAAUCUUAAUAUUGAUGAUACUGAAAACAAUAUGGUUCGAUUAAAUCCUAAUUUAGAAGGGGAGGGUAUGCUUUAUAAUAUGAAUAUAGUGGGGGAAAUUGAAUUGGUUGGAUCUUCAAAUGGGUUGGUCUGUUUAGGUGAAAAUAAUGCAAGAUAUUUCUAUUUAUAUAACCCUAUUACUAACCAAUCUCACAAAUUCUACCCUGGUGACUUUAAUUUCUGGAAUUCUUGUACAAGUGGCCCCACUACUUUCUGGGGUUUUGGGUAUGUAUCAUCUAUUGAUGACUUUAAAGUAGUCAGGAUAAUUUUAUCAUAUCAGAAUAGACGAUUUUGCAUUGCUCAUGUUUAUUCACUAAAGUCCAACAUUUGGUCCAAAGUUGAAUGUUGUAUUCAGAUAGAUGAUACGAUUACAGGUCGAGCAUAUUUAGUUAAUGAGACUUUGUAUUGGGGUUUGAUUUGA